AUGGUCUCUCAAGAAGAGCAGCUUAAUGCUGACCCUGUUCACCUCAAUCAACUUCUACAUGAUAGAUAUCAUGUCCUCCAAAAGCUUGGGUCAGGGCGUUACUCAACUGUCUGGUUAGUAAAGGAUCGAAAAGAGGCGACGUAUAAGGCUGUAAAAAUCCUGGAGCAAGAUUGUUAUGACGGCAAACAUGAUCUUUUUGAGUUGGAGAUUUUAAGGCACCUCCGCAAAGCUAAUCCAAAUCAUCCUGGCUAUCAGCAUAUCUCUGUUCUUCUGGAUGAUUUUGUUUACGUUGGGAAACUCGGGCGCCAUGUUUGUCUUGUGAUGGAACCUAUGGCAGAAGACAUGAAGGGCUUUAGCUUUUUCUUCGAUGGUGCUAAGAUUCCUAAUCACAUCAUGAAGCGAGUUACAAAGCAGCUGCUCUCCGCCUUAGAAUAUGCACAUUCCUCGGAGAUUAUCCAUACUGACAUCAAACAAGACAAUAUUAUGGUGAAGAUCAGAGACUUCUCUAUCAUUGAUCAAUAUUUGGAAGAUUCACUUUGCAACCCAAAUGUGAAUCUUGGAGAGUAUAACUUCAAUAACACUUCUGAGCUAAGCCAGAUAAGCAUUGCUCUUUGUGACUGGGGAUCAGCAAGCUGGGUAAAGAAGCAUCUCACAGAGAUGAUCCAGCCCAAGCUUCUUCGCGCACCGGAGGUCAUAUUACAGGCCCCCUGGGGCAAGGAAGUUGAUAUUUGGAAUCUAGGCGCCCUACUUCCUGAGCUUCUAGAUGCAGUGCAGAUGUUCUCUGGCAAAACUGACGCGACUGGAGGGAUUUAUCACACCAAACAUCAUAUUGAAGAGAUUGAUGCGCUCUUUGGUCCAUUCCCUGUUGACUUGUUGAAUGAUGGAAAUCCAAAAAUUGUGCAACAAUUUUUUGAUGAACACUUCCAAAUUCAAGAUCCUGCGCAACGCCCACCGGCAAGGCUGGAAACAUGGAUACAGUGUCUUGAUGGAGCUGAGAAAGAGAAUUUUCUUUCAUUGCUCCAAUCCAUGAUGAUGAUUGAUCCCAAACAGCGAGAGACUGCACAAUCACUACAGGGUGCGCUGUGGCUUACAGGUUAA